AUGAUGCAUAGAGCGCUAACGCUGGUGGCCGUCGCCGCAGCAGCAGCGCGCCCGCACAACCACGAGCAGCGCGACACGGUCCUGGUCCGCGCCAGAGAUCGGGUCACGCGAAAAGACUUGAUCCUCAAAGUGUCGCGCGAUGCGGGCAUGGAGGAUCUCGUGGACUCUUACAAGCAGAAGAUCGUGGAAAUCGCCGAUCGGACGCAGCAGUGGCUCGCCAAGGCGGACGCGGCGUAUGCCAAGGACGCGCGCGCGCACGACGAAGAGCGCGCACGGGCAGCCGGGAGCAGUCACACGGCGAUGAUUAGCGUCAUGGACCACGGCGCCAAGGGCGACGGCGUCGUGGACGACAGAGCUGCUUUCGAAGCUGCCGUCGCCGCGGCGCGGGGCAAGACAAAUGCAGUCGUGCAUUUGCCCGCGGGCCAUACCUUUUUGCUGUCGCCAAUAGAGCUGGUCGAUGAGACCGACCUGGAGAUCCGCAUCGACGGCACGGUGCGGGCGCCUCCCAUGGAACGCUGGCCGCCGCCGCCGCGGGAGGAUUCCGCGUUGUCGGCGGAGCGGCAGCGUAUGCGGUACGCGUUUCUGGAACUGAGGCGCUGCCGUGCUAUCGUCAUAUCGGGGCGCGGGACCAUCCAAGGGCAGGGCCAGCCGUGGUGGGCGCUGAGGAAGGUACGACCCGAGGUCCGGGCGCCGGCGCUGCUGGUGAUUCGGGAAUCGCGCGACUGCGCCGUGCGGUACCUGUCUCUGGUCGAGUCGCCGUUUUAUCACGUGGUCGUGCUGGACUCGGAGCGCGUCACCCUGGACCGACUGCGUAUUGCGACGCCGCCCGGGAGCGUCAACACGGACGGCGUCGACGUGCUGGCCUCGUCCGACGUCACCAUCAGCAAGUGCCACGUCUCGACGGGAGACGACAACGUGGCCAUCAAGGAGGGCUCGCGGCGCGUCCAGGUGCUGGGGGGCCUCUUCCACAAGGGCCACGGACUAUCGAUUGGAAGCCUCGGCGAGCGCCACACGGAGCAGUCCGUGGAGGACGUCUUGAUCGCGAACGUCCGCUUCUAUCGGACGUCGAACGCGGCCCGCGUGAAGACGUGGCAGGGUGGCCGCGGCCGCGUGCGCAACGUCACGUUCUCGAACCUCGACGUGCGCGGCGUUUACCAUCCGCUCGUGCUCGAUCAAUUCUACUGCCCCGAGAGUCAGCAUCCCGGGGUCUGUGCGAACGAGACGGACGCCGUCGCGGUGUCGGACGUGAAAGUGUCCGGUAUCGUCGGAUGGCAAACGUCCGGCGUCGCCGCGAUGCUCCACUGCUCGCAGUCGACGCCGUGCGGCGUCGUCGCGACGGGGAUAGAUGUGAGGAGCGUGCCCGGCUGCUCGAACGUCGUCCGGUGCCUGAACGUCGUGCCCCGUCCGGGCGCCGCCUGCGCCGACGGCGACAACAUGCACGGCUUCCGGCUGGACAUCACGCGGCCGAUGACGGAGGCGUUGGGCGACGUGCCGUGCGUUCAUACGAGUGCGCAUCCCUGA